AUGGGACGACUCUCGGGCAAGAAUGCCAUUAUCACUGGCGCAGCAGGAGGGAUCGGGCUCGAGACGGCUAUUCUGAUGAGCAGAGAAGGGGCAUCUGUCCUAAUGACAGAUGUCACAGUCACAGGCCUUGAAAAGGCCCUGGCUAAGGUGAAGGAUGUUGUUCCUGUCCGCGAGGGCAGGCUUGAAGCACUGGCCGUCAACGUUGCCCGGGAGAGCGACGUUGAGGCAGCCGUCUCACACCUUGAUGCCUGGGGCGGCGUAGACGUCAUGUUCAACAACGCGGGUAUCAUGCAUGCCCAAGAUGGGGAUGCAGAGGAAUGUCCCGAAGAGAUCUGGGAUCUCACGCAGAAUAUCAACGUAAAGGGCGUAUGGGUUUUCGAUUCAACUCUCUGUGUCCUGCGCCUCUCAAUACACCUCUUCUACAAGACUGGCUGGGAGAUGACAGUGCCAAGCGAUUUCGCCGAGAAGUCCAUUUUCCAACAGGUCGGUUUGGAGAAGCAAUCGAACAAGCUCAGGCUGUGA